CAGGUGGUGUAAAAUAUGGCAUGCUUCAGCAACGCCUGGGCAGAGGAACGCGCCCAACCCUUAUAGUUAGUUCCACAAUGCCAUAAAGAUGCAGAGUAGACUUUAGACUGAAGAAGAUCUAACACUACCAACUAUGCGAAAAAUCCAUUAGUAUCCUAAAUAUUCUGUUGUGCAUCUGUUACGCCUGGGGAGUAUCCAUAUAAGGAAAAUCCUUAAAUGCCAAAUACGGUUCAACUUUCACAAAGUCCUGCUGAAAAGCCGCUUCUAUUUCAUGUCGAGAGCGCGCAAAGGGUGAUGGUGCGCGUUCCACUCAGUCAAUUGCAUGUGUAAUCAUUUCGGCCGACACUGAAGAUGGCGAUGAGAGUAGCGUUCCGGUGCCUUUCUGCAAACUUUUCCCCAGUACUGAUUCAGCGUUGUCGACCUGUACAGAUAUCCGCAAGUCGGCUCUUAUGGAAGGCCAACCCCGCACAGUCACUGAGCACCGCCUCACGACUGUCCACAGCCCUGAAAUUCACAGACAAGCAUGAGUGGGUACGAGUAGAGGGAGGAAUUGCCACUGUUGGCAUCAGCAAAUUUGCUCAGGAAGCAUUAGGUGAUGUGGUAUAUUGUGGACUCCCUGAGGUGGGGCAAAAACUUGAACAAAUGGAGGAGUUUGGUGCUUUGGAAAGUGUGAAGGCUGCUAGUGAGCUGUACUCUCCACUGACUGGAGAGGUAACUGAAAUCAACGCAGAGCUGGCAGUCAACCCUGGACUAGUGAAUAAAUCCUGCUACGAAGUGGGCUGGCUAAUUAAGAUGACUAUUGACAACCCUGCAGAACUUGAUGGCCUCAUGGACGAUUGCUCCUAUGAGAAAUUUAUCAAAUCCCUUGAUGAGUAGACUGCUCGACUCUCCAUGUUCUUUUUAAAAAAAAUGUUAUUUUUAAUGAUGAUUACAGGUCUUUCACACUAAUCCUAUCUGGACUGGCUGUAAAAUCUCAGCUAAAAAUAUUAUAUAAAGUAGCCAUAUUUAUUUUGACUAAUUGUUUAGUCACCAAGAUAACCUAAAUGAUAAUAAAAAAUGCUCACCUAGGUGCUUUUGCUGAUUAAACCACAAGACAACCUGAAGGGUUUGUUCCCAUGUCCCGUUGGCACAAUGAUAAAUCCUGUUGGCACAUAAAUAAGAGUUGAUUACUUCAGGUGCUUGGUUUGAACUGAAAAAAAUGCAGAGAAGUGGCAACAGGUUGGAAAGUGAUCGGAAAUGAGAAGUCCGAUACAAUAAAUACAAUCCAUUAUUUUUUCAUUAUGGCUUUUCUAUUCCAUCUGAUGGGACGGAUGGAAUACAGUACUAUUCACUUGCUUUACAUAAACCACCUUAAGUCAUUAUCUAAGUCUAAAAUUAAUUUGAUGUCUGGCAAUGCAAGAUUAGUCAAAACCAAACCUUGGCUGGUAGCCUGGCACUUCCAAAGACUCCCACACUUGUAGAUUGACAUUUUUCAGCAAGAUCACCUUCUUUAGAACAAAAGACUACAGCACAAAUUAAUCAAGAAUCAAAUCUAUUUGUGAUAUUUUCCUAUUUUGAGGUAACAUCUGACAUCAGGAAUAUGUGGAUAAUAUUGCAUUUGUUGUGCUGUUUGUACACACUGCCUGUGAUUGUUGACAUGGCUCACUAAUAUCUACUGCUAUUCAUAUCAUUCUUAGUAUAUGUUUUUGGUGUAGGCCUAUAUAUGCAUAGAUUGCAUUUGGAUUAUUCGUUGUGUUAUUUGGGUUACCUGGAUUUGUUCUGACAUUCAUAUAUUGUUUUUGAUUAUUUGUGUACUUGUUUGGCAUUGUUAGGAGCUAGGAACCCAAGCAUUUUGCUGCACCUGCUAAACUGUAUGUGACCAAUAAAAUUUGAUUUGAUAUGC